GCUGAGGUGGAGGAAACGCUGAAGCGAAUCCAGAGCCAGAAAGGAGUGCAAGGAAUCAUCGUGGUGAAUUCGGAAGGUAUUCCUAUUAAAAGCACCAUGGACAACUCCACCACGAUCCAGUACGCAGGCCUCAUGCAGAACCUCAUCAUGAAGGCUCGGAGCACCGUGCGGGACAUUGACCCCCAGAAUGACCUCACCUUCCUGCGCAUCCGCUCCAAGAAAAACGAGAUCAUGGUGGCUCCAGAUAAAGACUACUUGCUGAUUGUCAUCCAGAAUACAACGGAAUGAUUCCACUGACUCACUCUGGUUUUUUCCCCUUUGCCCAACUGGUUUUUUUUAUUUAAUGGUAAAGCCUAGAGCAUUAGUGUUAACUCUGCUGUGCCACUCCAGUAAGGUUUGCAAAGACAAAAACAGGUGUUUUGUUGUUUACAAACAGAGAAAGUGGCUUUUUUUUUUUGUAUCCCAAGUCAUUUUGAGGGGGAACUGCUGGGUUAGAAUUGGGCAGGAAAAAAUGCAACAGAUUGUUUGAACAGUUAAGGAGAUAAUAUAAUAAAAUUCCGAUAAUAAUCUAAAAAAAGACU